AUGACGCUGCGAGUGUCCGAAGCCUCCGCAGACGCUGCAGCAAAACGGCAGCAGCAACAGCACGAUAAUGCUGCAGCAGAUGCGGCAGCAGCAGCAGCAGUAGCGCCAGAAGCAGAUGCUGCAGCAAAACGGCAGCAGCGACAGCACGUUAAUGCUGCAGCAGAUGCGGCAGCAGCAGCAGCAGUAGCGCCAGAAGCAGCCGCAACAGCAGAAGCAGCAGCAGCAGCAACAAACCUCUGCAUGAGAAUGAAGACUCCAGAGAAGGGGGAUAAGGAUUGCGUGGGGGCAGUUCCAGGCGGCAAGGCCCGGCCAGCCUGCAGCAGCAGCAGCAGCAACAGCAGCAGCAGCAGCACUAUGUCAAAGCAUUAG